UCAAAACAAUAAUAUCUUUAUCUACAAAAUUUCGAGUAUUUAGAGGCUCGUAAUCGGGAGUGGCAAUGGCGAAGUGUAUAUUUGCUAUAUGUCACAUAUUUAUAUUUAUAUUAGGUAAUGAAAUCGCGAUAAGUUUUAGCACUUGGACGUCGAUAUAGCCUUCGAUGUCGCUUAAAGAGUCGUCUAAUUGAAUUUCUCUCAAUGUGACCAGACAAAUAUUACAUUACAUCCACGCUCGCCGAUUUCAUGCAUCUUCGUCUUCGCAUUUUCUGCCGUUGUUAAGCGCUAUUUCGAGGCACAUUAUAACGAUGUCCGAGUGAUGAUUACGCUAGAUGAAAAAUGAUGAUCCUGGAAUUAUAUAUAUGUGAUAUAAUUUUCUUCAACGUUACUGCAAAUUUUUUUUAUCUAGUCGCACCCUAAAUAUUAGCUGUGGAAAAAAAAUGUCACGCGCCUGUGAUUUUCAUUGUGAUCUCGCCAUUGCUACAUGAAAAGGUGUGUUAGGUUGAGAAAUGCUAGGUUGGAGAAGGCAAAGACUAAGAAUAUGGCGCAGAAAAUGCACUGAGAGUAUUCUCCUUUGCUUUGUGCUUACAGAUUUGUGCGUCGCCUCAAUCUCGGAUAAUUUGCGCACAACCGUCAUUGCUCAGCCCAGAACACGGUUAGCUGUAAAUCGAAUGAAACGAAACUUUAGGAAUCCUUUAAUUCACUUUUUAAAGAGUCAAACCGACUUCUGUUUUCUGUUUCUGAUUUCUGUUUCAGAGACUAGCAGACCAAAUUGGUUAAGAUACCUAAUCUAAUUAUGAGUAAAUCUGAUUUUUGGGGCUGAUUGUGCAAACAUUCGGAGGACGGUUUUAUCAUAGCAGCUUCUGGCACGGCGUCACGGGAAUGCAUCAGAGUUCUUACCAGGCCCCAUAUAUGAUAUCAAUCAAAUAGGUCAGGUCAUUGGUGGACCUGGUGCUAAAUAUCUGACACUACCUGGAAUAUUAGGAGCUGGUUUACCAAAAAUCUCAUCCGAACAACAGGAUACAGUAAACAGGGCAAAGAAGUAUGCAAUGGAACAAAGCAUCAAGAUGGUCCUAAUGAAGCAAACAUUGGCUCAUCAGCAACAGCAAAUGGCUAGUCAACGGAAUCAGGUGCAAAGACAGCAGGCUCUCGCCCUCAUGUGCAGGGUUUAUGUGGGAAGUAUCAGUUUUGAAUUGAAAGAAGACACAAUCAGGCAAGCUUUCUUGCCAUUCGGACCGAUCAAGUCCAUCAAUAUGUCUUGGGAUCCCGUUACGCAGAAGCACAAGGGCUUCGCUUUUGUCGAAUACGAGAUACCUGAAGCUGCGCAACUCGCAUUGGAACAAAUGAACGGUGUCAUGAUCGGUGGCCGCAACAUCAAGGUUGUAGGACGUCCAUCUAAUAUGCCACAAGCGCAAUCGGUGAUCGAUGAGAUAACCGAGGAGAGCAAACAUUACAAUCGUAUAUAUAUCGCAUCGAUACAUCAAGAUUUGACCGAGGAUGACAUUAAGUCGGUUUUCGAGGCAUUUGGACCGAUCACGUAUUGUAAGCUUGCUCAAGGUAGUUCUCCGCAUCGACAUAAGGGUUACGGAUUCAUCGAGUACGAGACAAUGCAAGCUGCAUUAGAAGCUAUUGCUUCCAUGAAUCUAUUCGACCUAGGUGGUCAAUAUCUGAGAGUGGGCAGGGCUAUAACGCCACCAAACGCUCUUAUGGGACCACCUAGCGGUACCAGCAUGAUGCCGACUGCGGCUGCGGUAGCCGCGGCAGCUGCAACAGCGAAAAUUCAAGCGAUGGAUGCUGUCGCCAGUAACGCGGUAGCGUUAGGUCUCACUAAACUUGGAGCUACCGCACCGCCCAUCUUGAAUCAAACUCUUCCUGGCGUUGUACGACCUACUAUAGCACCUGCGGCGAUAAUGGCACCACCAACGGUAGCAACGGUGGCGCCGGUAAUACCUCCACCUGGCAUUGCCAUACCGCAGACCUUAACACGACCACCCGCUAUUAUUCAACCGAUUCCUGGUCAACCGGUCGUUAUACCACCUCCAGCUGUUGUUGCUCCUACGAUCGUUGGCACACCAGUUAUACCGGUUACAACAACCGCAAAUUCCGAUAUUAUGAGACGGGCGCAGGAACAAGCGGCUCAUCAGAAACAACAAGAGGAAUUACAGAAGAAGCUGUUAGAGGAAACGGAACCGCAAACGUUGCAGCAACAGGAAAAUAUGUCUAUCAAAGGCCAAAGUGCACGUCAUCUUGUUAUGCAAAAGCUUAUGCGUAAAGUCGAAUCUCGCGUAGUCAUCUUGAGAAAUAUGGUGGCGCCGGAGGAUGUGGAUGAAACCCUACAGGAAGAGAUUCAAGAUGAAUGCUCCAAAUUUGGUGUGGUAGAGCGUGUUAUUAUUUAUAAGGAAAGACAAUCCGAGGAUGAUGAAAACGCAGAAGUUAUCGUCAAAAUAUUCGUCGAAUUCUCUCAAAUGAGUGAAGCGGAACGUGCAAGAGAUUCGUUAAAUGGUCGUUAUUUCGGUGGGCGAUUGGUUAAAGGCGAACUAUAUGACCAGGCCCUGUUUGACAAUAAUGAUUUUUCUGGUUGAAAUACGCUCUCUUAUUAAGUUUCAAUUUCAUUGGUAUAAAAAAAGAUUACAUAUUUAGUAAACAACACUGUGUGAAUUUGCUGUCUAUAAUUGAAAUUUUUUUAGCUAUGCAUUCAGUAAAAGUCAGAAGUUAAUAUCUAGUAAAAAAUUCAUAGUAAAUUAAAUUACAAAAUGUAGGAAGUGCACAGUGCAACUUGAAGGAGAAAAUCCAGAUUGAUCAAGUGAUUUAGAGUAUUAUGUUCGCAAAGUUUCCUCUGUAAAAUAAAUCAUAGUGAUCAAGCUAUUCUAGACAACUGCAAUCACACAGUCAACUGCAGGUUUAAACUAGACAAUUAGCUUUUCCAAAAUAAAUAUUUCAUACACUAACUGUUCAUUAUGUAGUAUCAGUGUUUUAAUUUCAACAUAAGUUAAUAUUGUAUAGGAAAGCGCGCGAUAUAUUAAUUUACAUGUAU